AUGUUUUAUAACAUUAAUAUGUUCUCUCCUCAGACAUUUCGACCUGCUGCCAUGGUGAUCGAGCGCUCAGCUGACUUCGGGAAAACGUGGCAGCUUUAUCGUUAUUUCGCCUACGACUGUGAGGCCUCCUUCCCCUCUGUUUCCCAGGGACCAAUGCAGAAGGUCGAUGACGUCAUCUGUGACUCGCGUUACUCCGACAUCGAGCCAUCCACUGAAGGAGAGGUGAUUUUCAGAGUUUUGAACCCAGUGUUCCGGAUCGAUGAUCCCUACAGCCCCAGAAUCCAGAACAUGUUGAAGAUCACCAACCUGCGGGUGAAGUUCACCAGACUGCACACUCUCGGCGAUAACUUGCUGGACUCUCGUAUGGAGAUUAAAGAGAAGUAUUACUACGCCAUCUUUGACAUGGUGGUCCGAGGGAACUGCUUCUGCUAUGGACACGCCUCUGAGUGUGCCCCCAUCCACCAAGCCGGCCAGAGCACUGAGGGCAUGGUUCACGGUCAUUGCAUGUGUAACCACAACACUAAAGGUCUGAACUGUGAGAAGUGUCACGAGUUCUACCAACUUGCGUGGAGACCUGAGGGCCGCGACACCAACGCCUGCCAGAAGUGUAACUGUAACCAGCACUCGUCCUCGUGUCACUUCGACAUGACCGUGUUCGUGGCUUCGGGGAACACCAGCGGAGGAGUCUGUGACGGCUGCCGGCACCACACGGCCGGACCCCGCUGUGAGCGCUGCCGCCCGGCCUACUACCAGCACCCCGAGAGGGACGCCAGAGACCCCGAGGUCUGCCAACCCUGUGACUGCGAGGCCCGGGGCUCCCUGAGCGGGGGGGCCUGUGACUGGACCACGGACCUGAGCACCGGCCUGGUGGCCGGGCAGUGCCGCUGCAAGGAGAACGUGGAGGGGGAGCGGUGUGACCGCUGCAGGCCGGGGCACCACGGCAUGGGGGAGGGGCCAGAGGGCUGCAAGGGUACCACACACACACACACGAUACACUACAACCACAUACACACGAUUCACAGCACUACACACACACGAUACACAACACUACACACACACAUCACUAUACACAAUACACAACACAUAACACAUACACACUUCGUGUUUCUUAGCCAGUGGGAACACUUCCUGGAGGAAAUCCCUGCGACAGUGAAACGGGAAGCUGCUUCUGUAAACGUCUGGAUCCCAGAAGGUGCAGAGUCGGGUAGUUGUUGGUCAGCUGGUGGUCAAAGUGAAGGAGGUGGACCCCAAAGUGCUAACCACGAGGUCAACCACGAGGUCAACCACAAGGUCAUCCACAAGGUCAACCACGAGGUCAUCCACAAGGUCAACCGCAAGGUCAACCACGAGGUCAACCACAAGGUCAACCACGAGGUCAACCACGAGGUCAACCACAAGGUCAUCCACAAGGUCAACCACAAGGUCAACCACGAGGUCAUCCACAAGGUCAACCGCAAGGUCAACCACGAGGUCAACCACAAGGUCAACCACAAGAUCAACCACGAGGUCAACCACAAGGUCAACCACAAGGUCAUCCACAAGGUCAUCCACGAGGUCAACCACGAGGUCAUCCACAAGGUCAACCACGAGGUCAACCACGAGGUCAUCCACAAGGUCAACCGCAAGGUCAACCACAAGGUCAACCACGAAGUCAACCACGAGGUCAACCACAAGGUCAACCACGAGGUCAUCCACGAGGUCAACCACGAGGUCAUCCACAAGGUCAACCACGAAGUCAUCCACAAGGUCAUCCACGAGGUCAACCACAAGGUCAACCACGAGGUCAACCACGAGGUCAACCACGAGGUCAACCACGAGGUCAACCACAAGAUCAACCACGAGGUCAACCACAAGGUCAACCACAAGGUUAAUUAG